UCAAAUAAAUAAUAAACACACGUGUCAAACGGUAUUGUUGUUGGAUAGUUUUUAUUAAGACAAUAACAAAUAAAUAAUUAAACAUGAAGAAUAAUUAUAAUAAAAAAAAAAAUUAUAAAAAAAAAACAAUCCAAGAGCCUGUCUUACAAGAUUCAGAAGCAAUUAGAUUGGCAAGUUUAAAAAAACAAAAAAAAGCAUUCAAAGCUAAGGAACAAGUUAUUCGUGAUGCUUUAAACUCUGUGGAUAACAAUACACAAAAUAAUAAAAUUGUUUUUGAUGAUGAAACAAUUGAUACAUAUAUAAAUACACAAAAUGUUAUUGAAACGAAAAAAAAGCAAUUAUUUGAUGAUGAUGAUGGUGAUGAUGGUGCUGACAGUGGAGCAGGGAUUGAAUUCAAUAUUAGUAAAAAAGAAAAGGUGGUGACUAUUGGAAAUGAUGAUAGAUUUAAACUAAAUAAACAAUUUCUUGAUGACAAUGAAGAACAUGAAGUAGAUCAGCAUGAAAAUGAUGAUAAUGAUUUUGCAAAUGAAAAAAGUAAAGAAAUGGAAAUACUACAAAAGUUAUUGGGCAAACCAAUUUCAAAAAAAACUUCUGUUGAUAAUAAAGUUAAUGGUGUGUUUCGUUAUGAUCCAAUGGCUCCAAAUCAUCAAGAUUAUGAACCAAAAAUUGAGAAAAAAGUAAAACCAAUUUCUAAAAAACAAAAAAAAGCUGAAGAAGCUAAAAAAAAAGUUGAAGAAGAAGCAGCACUUGCUGUUCCAGUAUCAAAUGAAGUUUUUUUUUCAGUAUCUGAUAAACUUUCUGAUGCUUUAAAAGGAAAAGAAGAAUUUAGUUUACUCAGUAGUUUUGGAGCAGUUGAAACAGAAAAUAACAAUGAUAAACAAACGACAAAUUUUAUUGGAGAAAAAAUGGAGUAUGAAUUACCAUCAAGCAAUCGAUUCAAAUAUGACAGUACUGAUGAUGAAGAUGAAAAUUUUAAUAAAGCUGAAAAUGAUGAUGGAAAAAUAAAUAAUAUAAGUGGAUUUGAAAAGCUAAAUGAUUCAUUCUUUUUUACUACAAAAGAUACAAGAUUUAAAGAUGCUGAGAAUUUUUUUAAAUCAGCUGCUGUUUUGAAAGAAUCAUUUAGCCAUGUACGUCGUGAAUUAAAACAAAUUGUUAGAAAAAAAAUUCGUAAUAAUGCUAAAAAACUUGAACCACGUAAAAAAAAAAUUCAAACAAUGAAAAAAAAACAUUAAUUGUAAUGAUAAUUUUUAUUAAUGUAAAUAAUAAUUUAAAAUUUAUGAAAUUUACAAAAAUAAUUGCUGCUACUUAAAAUUAUUUCAAUAUAUAAUUUAAUUUUACUAAUCUCAAUAAUUUUAUUUUAUAAAUAUAAAUUUAAUUUUCUAAUAAUUAUCAGCUAGAAUUUUUUGGCUUUUGAUUAGUAUUGUUUUUAAAACCAAGCAUA